CUUAGUUAAACGUGUCAAAAAAGAUGAACGCAAGUACUAUGAGGAGCUGCUGAAGUACAGUAGAGAUCAUCUCAUGCUGUAUCCUUACCAUUUAUCAGAUAUUAUGGUGAAGGGUCUACAGAUAACACCAUUUUCAUACUACACUGGAAUUAUGGAGGACAUUAUAAACAGUGAGAAAAGUUAUGAUUCAUUGCCCAAUUUUACUGCUGCCGACUGUCUGAGGCUUCUUGGCAUAGGAAGAAACCAGUAUAUUGAUCUUAUGAAUCAGUGUAGAUCAUCAAAAAAAAUUUUUCAGAAGGAAAACGGCCCGGGAUCUUCUGCCCAUAAAGCCAGUAGAAAUCACCAUAGAGGCAUGGUGGGUGGUACAGUCUGGAUAUAUCACAGAAGAAGACUCAAGAUAUGCACUUUGCCUGAGAAAUGCGCUAUUGAUAAGAUCAUCGAUUCAGGCCCUCAACUCUCUGGAUCACUAGAUUACAAUGUAGUACAUAGUUUAUAUAACAAAGGAUUUAUUUAUCUGGAUGUACCAAUAUCUGAUGACAGUUGUAUAGCAGUUCCUCCUCUUGAAGGUUUUGUAAUGAAUCGAGUGCAGGGUGAUUAUUUUGAAACUCUACUGUAUAAAAUAUUUGUUUCAAUAGAUGAGCACACUAAUGUUGCAGAGCUUGCCAAUGUCCUUGAGAUAGACUUAUCUCGUAAGAAUGCUGUUUCAAUGUAUUGCCGAUUGGGCUUUGCCUAUAAGAAGGGACAAGUAAUAAAUUUGGAUCAACUUCAUUCAUCAUGGAAGAAUGUUCCAUCCGUAAACAGAUUAAAGAGUACUUUAGAUCCACAGAAGAUGCUUUUAUCAUGGGAUGGUGGGGAAAGUCGGAGUCCUGUUCAAGAAGCUUCUUCAGCUACUGACACUGAUACAAAUAGCCAAGAAGAUCCAGCUGAUACAGGUAGUAUAAGCAGUUUGAGUCUGUCUACGGGAUAUACAAAGCGUAUUGCCUUCCUUUUUGAUUCAAUUCUUACUGCCUUUUUAAUGAUGGGAAAUCUUUCACCAAACUUGAAAAGUCAUGCAGUCACGAUGUUUGAAGUAGGCAAACUCUCAGAUGAGUCUCUGGACAGCUUUCUUAUAGAACUAGAAAAGGUUCAGAGCACUGGUGAAGGAGAAGCACAGAGAUAUUUUGAUCAUGCACUUACUCUGAGAAACACAAUACUGUUUCUGCGACAUAAUAAAGAUCUAGUUGCACAUACUGCUCAGCCAGACCAACCCAAUUAUGGUUUUCCCUUGGAUCUCUUAUGCUGUGAAAGCCUCCUUGGUUUGGACCCUGCCACUUACAGCAGAGUUUUAAACAAAAAUUAUACCCUGCUUGUUUCCAUGGCUCCUCUCACCAAUGAAAUCCGGCCCAUCAGCAGCUGUACCCCUCAGCAUAUUGGACCAGCUAUCCCAGAGGUCAGUUCUAUCUGGUUUAAACUGUACAUUUACUUUGUCACUGGACAAGGACCACCAUCUCUAUUACUGUCCAAAGGUACAAGACUUCGAAAACUGCCAGAUAUAUUCCAGGGUUAUGAUCAAUUACUUAUAACGUCUUGGGGUCACGAUCCUGGGGUAGUUCCUACAUCAAAUGUACUCACCAUGUUGAAUGAUGCUUUAACACAUUCUGUGGUUUUAAUUCAGGGACAUGGUUUGCAUGGGAUAGGAGAAACUGUCCAUAUACCAUUUCCAUUUGAUGAAACAGAACUGCAAGGAGAAUUUACUUGUGUCAAUAUGGGCGUUCAUAAAGCAUUACAAAUAUUAAGGAACAAAAUGGACUUGCAGCAUUUCUGUGGAUAUAUCACCAUGUUGAAUUCUUUUAGCCAACUUGCAAGUAGAAAACUCAGUGAUGCUUCUGAUGAGAGAGGAGAACCUGAUUUGGCUUCUGGCUCAGAUGUAAAUGGGAGUACAGUCUUUGAAAUGGUUAUUGAGGAAGCAACUAUGGAUUCAGCAGUGAAACAAAACUCUGGUGCCACAACAGAAGCAGAUUGGGUUCCUCUUGAGUUGUGCUUUGGAAUUCCACUGUUCAGUUCUGAAUUAAACCGCAAAGUUUGUAGGAAGAUUGCCACACAUGGUCUCUGUAGAAAAGAAAGCCUUCAAAAUCUUUUGCAUUCCAGUAGAAAACUCUCUCUACAAGUACUUAACUUUGUUCACUCAUUCCAGGAAGGUGCUUCAACACUGGAUAUCCACACAGAGCCCAGUUUUUCAAGUCUGCUUUCACAGUCAUCCUAUGUGGAUAUGGGAGUUCCACUGCCUGCAAAAAACUUAAUAUUUAAAGAUGGCAUCUUAUCAGAAUGGAGUGGACGGUCACCUUCCUCACUUCUUAUUGCUAAUCUUCAUUUGCAGUAAUUUGAUUACACUAUUUGUUGCUCACACUUCCUGCCUUUUUUCUUUCUUACUGUUAGCUUUAUAGUGUCAGCCACUAAAAAGCAUCCUGCUGCUACAGUGCAAUUCUUGCUUAACUGAUAUUAAAACUGGGGAACAUGUUCAUGUUUUCUGACAUGUUG